AGGGGUAUGUGAUGCAAUUUCGUACAACUUUGACACUCUGAUGCGAAAAGAGCUCCGACCCCUUUUCUGUCUUCACUCAUACACACAAACCUCUCGGAGUUCUUUCUUUCUCUCCGUCUCCGACAGACUAGGGUUUUCUUUCCGUUCCGACAGCCGGUCCUUGGUGGAAUCGUUGUUGAUUAUUCUCUCUCCUUUCUGCCCUUAAAAAUUUAUGUUGUGGUUGGGUCAUGGACUAAGAAGGUUUUUGGGGACAAAGAUAGAGUCUGUGGUUGUUAUGUGUAACGAAGAAUUUAUGCGAAUGUGAUAAUUUUGAGUUGACAUUCAAGGGCUAUUUGCUUACCGGAAGUGUGGGUUUUGACUUCCAAAUGUUGUGUUGUAUUUCAUGAUGUAGUUUGUAAGAGAGAUACUUGUCAAUUUAGGUGGGAUGAUCUCUGGUUCGUGUUUUAAGAGUUGAAAAAAAGCAGUGACAGCCCAAGGAAGUUGAUAGCUCAAUGGGGUCUCUUUGUUGUGUGGCUGCAAGGCCACACGGAUCAAAUGCUGCUAGCAGGGACUGGUCUCUGGGUCCUCAUGAGCCUUUUUGGCAUACAAAUACAAGCUUUUCACCACCUCCAUCGAGAUGGGAUAUUCAAUUCCAAUCUGAAGGGUUGCCACAUGGUUGGCAUGAUGCUGUACAACUCUAUGGCUCGUCUACAUCAUCAAACAGUAAAGAAAGUCGAAGCUGGAUAAGGGGAAACAACCAUCUUUAUACUCACAACUCUGCAUCUGAUGGUGCUGGGUUGUUUUUGAGUAGUCCCUCUGACAUCUCACAAGGCCCUCAAUGGACUCCUCCAGCAAUUCAGGAAAUCAAUAUUGAUGGUUAUGAGACUGCCACCAAAAGGGAUCCUUCGUUGAGGACAUUUUCCUUUUGGCCUGCGGCAGAGGGUAACUCCGAAAAUCCGGAUAGUGGUAGCUCUACUUUCUCACAGUCAGACAGUAGCGAAACAGAACCCACAGUCAAGUUACGCUCAUCCUCUAAUUGGAACUUCACAAGCCGUCGUUCUUUCAUGUCUAAACCCAUUCAUCCUUUGGCCAUUCCUAUGCAGACUUCCUCGGGAGAAGCUUUUGAAUCCACUAAUUUAGGGUUUGCGGAGUUUGAUUCUUCUACUCCCCAAAGAGACAACCAACGAUGGAGCAGUGCAAGUAGUAGCAUUGAUUUUGCUGAUGUUUCUGAGCCACUUGAAUCUGACUUCUACUUUAAAUCAUCGUGUAGAUCUGAUAGUUUCAGAUGUGGGCUUUGCGAAAGAUUUCUUUCACAGAGAUCGCCAUGGAGUUCACGCCGGAUAGUGAGAAGUACUGAUAUGCCCGUUGCUGGUGUUCUUUCUUGUCGACAUGUUUUUCAUGCUGAAUGCUUGGAUCAGACUACUCCAAAGACAUGUAAGAGUGACCCACCAUGCCCGCUUUGUUUGAAACAUGAGAAUGACCGUUCUCCUGAGCAACGAACAAAUUCAAGAUUGAGGAAUGCAAAUUCCUUACCAAGGCCUAGACCCUCGACCAGCGAGGACGGACCAUCUCGGCCAUGGGGUUGUGCUCAGGUAGGAGAUUGUGUUGAAGGCGCCUUACAUGCACCUCCACGAAAUUCAAUGCUGUUUGUUAACCGUAACCGCUCAAAGAACCUCUCUUUCAAGGGAAAUUCCAGCAAAGAAUUUCCAGGAAAGUUGAGAAAAAGUGGCUCGUACUCUUCACGGUUGGUGAGUGCAAGACCAUUUGAUCAAGAAUUUGUUGGCUGUUCAAGAACAUCAGCUGGACCCAGUAUGAAACGAUGAUUGAACUAUGUAGAUAACUCAGGAAAAUGAAAUCUCAAGAAAUUUUCUUCUCGGAAUCAUCUUCAGCUAGCUUUGUAAUUUUUUGCUUAUUCGUUCCAAAUUCUUCAGCUAGGAAAAUUAAAAUUUUAGUACUAGAUUUUAUCUACUGAUGUAUAGUUGAGUUGUGGGCAAUACAUGAACUGAAAAAUUAGGCUUUCUAUUCUUAUUUUUCUUUUUGUGAUGGAUACCAGCAGAUAAUGAAGAACAUUCUAAGGUAUGAAACCACCAUGAAGAACAUGUGCCUUAUAAUUUCAUAUUAUUUUGUAUUUUCUAAUA